CGGGAGCGCGGAAGUCACAUUGUUGGUGAUGGCCCAUCAGGCGGGGGCCGGGAGACGUUAUCUGCGAGCGUUUGUUAGCGGCUUCUUCGUGGCGGUGCCCAUCACUGUCACAUGCCUGGACCGCUUUGCCUAUGUGGCACGAGUUGAAGGAGCCUCCAUGCAGCCUGUCCUGAACCCUGAGGGUGUGUCAGAGUGUGAUGUGGUGCUUCUGAACCGCUGGAGUGUGAGGAACUACCAGGUGCAACGUGGUGACAUCGUCUCCAUAGUGUCCCCAAGGAACCCCAAGCAGAAGAUCAUCAAGCGAGUCAUCGCUCUGGAGGGAGACUUCAUCAGGACGCUUGGUUAUAAGAACCGCUACCUCCGGGUUCCUAAUGGCCACUUUUGGAUUGAGGGCGACCAUCAUGGCCACAGUCUGGACAGCAACAGUUUUGGGCCGGUCUCCAUCGGGCUGCUCCAUGGCCGCGCCUCCCACAUCAUCUGGCCACCCAAUCGGUGGCAGAGGAUCAAACCGUCCCUCCCCCCAAACCGUGGACCACUGAUCAACCCAGAGGAAGAUGAGGACUGA